CUUUAAACACUGCUGCGGAUGCCGUUUUAGGUUCUGCUGCCAUUCCUGUUGGUGCUACUAUUUGGGGAGUAAGUAAAGGAAUCCAAGAACUUUGUGAUGAUGAAGAUAUUAAGAAAAUUUUUAAAUUUUCUGCUGAUUGUGGCCGCGUUAUGUUUACUGGCGGAGUAAUUAAUGUGGUAAUUAGAGAAAUUAGAAAUAAAGAAAUGGGAAAACCUCCUAACUCUGCAGUAAAAACUACAGAUAAGGUCAUUGACAAGAUUGCUGGUAAUUUUGUUGCAGGUCUUGGAAGGAAAUUAGAAGGUUCAAGUGAAGAGUUAAUAUACACUAUCCAUGACUCUGGUUUCAUACCUGAUGAUGAUAUACGAAAACACCUUGACCAUUUAGAAAGAGGAGUAACUUAUCAACAUGGUUGUAAA